CUUCUCGAAGGUGAUUAGAGGAUCCGCGUACACAUAUGAAAAACAUUUCUCGCAUGAUUGACGCGAUAACUUCUUCCCUUCGCCGAACCUUACUCUUCACGCAUUGCUGUGUUUGACAAAUCGCUAAAACACGAAACCUCUGUGGCAGGUUAAUAGAAAAUCAAACCUAAAUAUUGAACACUGAGUUAAUAGAACAAUAUACCUAGAAUAGAUCGGAAGGAAAUAAAACAAUGAAACAAGAGAUUUCGUCCAAAUAAAUAUAAGAACGUAAACAGAACACGCUAUUUUGUCAACUUUUAUGGUAUACACAAAAACAUUGAUGAAAGUUUAAAUCCUUCUAUAGCAAACUGAUACAAUUUAUAUCAGUUACAGUUUAUGGAUAUGCAACUUAUAGUAUAAUAACAAGGAGGUGACUCAAGAGUUCUUAAGAGCUUUAGAUUUGACAUUUUAAAAAUGCAUAAAAGUAAAAUACCUGGAACCGUGGCAAGUUCUGCCGUUCCCAACAAGUCUGCACACUUGCCUGACAAGCGACCGACUCCAUCGGGCGUUCGGAAGCAAGGUCAAAAAAGAGACAUCCCCAAGGAAGAAAUGAAUCCCACGAAAGGACACUUUAAAGUCAGUGAAGUAAAUGCAUUUCUCAGGACAAACAAAGAAAACAGUGAUAUAAUUCACACGCAUAAUGAAACAUCUACAAGGAUGACAACUUCUGUCAAAACUCCAAAACCUAUACGUCCAGAACGUUCAAGUCAAAAGGUAAAAUAUACAACAAACCAUAAAGCUAUAAAAGAAAAAUCGGCUGAAAACUCUGUCCAAACGCAAUACAAGAUCGUAACAAGGGCCAUGUACACAUCCAAGAGAGCGUCAACAGGAAUUACGUCUAAAAUUGGACAUUCAAUGACUGCUAUGAAAACUCUAAAAUUACAAAACAAGUCUUUGGACCAAACAGUCGCAGAUAGCCCAUCGGCAAGACAUGAAUGUACAUUAGAUACUGAAACGAUAACCGCGCACAAUAUUGUUUCUUUCGAGUCAAAUCCAUUGAACUUCAAGGCAGUUCGAAACACGUUAAAUCAAGAAGCAAACGACCGUUUGUCUUUCGAGGCAUCAUAUAAUGAAAAAAUUCGUGGACGAGAACAUUUAAUCGAGAUGUUGCAAAAUAAGCGCGCCAAUGAAAUGAGAGACCAAAAAAUUAAAUACCCUUCAAGACGGGACUAUAAAUGUGACAAUAUCAAAUUAACUUCCGAAAAGAAACAUUUGACAUAUAAUGAGAAUAGCAAAACUAUAUCCAUCCAAGACACAUAUAAAGAAAGACAUACACAAGAACUUGAAACGAAGAUAGAAAAUGGCGACACCGGCUAUGCUUGUGCAAGUAGUUUGCGCGAAUCAGAAUCGAAGAUAGGUGACGCUAAAUUUGAAACACGUCAACAGUCAAUGCCGACUAAAAAGGUGUCGGACUUGAAAGGCGUUGAAUGUCUACAUAUUGAAGAUUUAGACAUCGCGUUACAACACGAAUCAUAUGCAACUAUUAGAUCAACACUAGACCCUCGUGUAAGCAAAAGAGUUAAGAAAGAAAUUUCAGAUACAAAAUCAAAUGAACCAAACUGUGAUGUAAUCGAAAAAGGUACUAGAGACACGGACGAGGCCCAUGAAAUUCGUGUCGGUUCUUUAAUACAUGCACGCAGAAUAAAUGACACAGACGUUCCAGUUCUCUCAACCUUACCAGAACGAGCCUGGGCGGAAAUUGAUAAGUGUUUAAGUACUAUUACGCCAACUGAGUUCAAAAGAAACAUACCUUUAAAAUCAAUGGUUUCGUCUGGGACCAAGCCAAAAUUAUUUCUAGCAAACAAGUGUGUGCCUUCUCGAAUGAGAGAGCAUUCGUUUGACACUAAAGAAACACAUCCUAAUCAUAAAAACUUAACCGCAAACGAGUGCAUUGAUAUUGGUCAUACAGAAUCAAAUACUACAGACGGCGUAAAUAAAGAAAGACGGUAUCGAGAACUUAGCAGAUCUAUGUGCAACCGUGAAGAGGGCGAUGACGACAUUCCACCAUGUAACUUUCGAGACAUCCCUGUUUCGCCAACACAGGACGAGAUUAUAAGUAUCGUAUCUCCAUUUCUACGGAAAAACAAAAUUCAAGGAAAUUACAAUGACGUUGAACAUUAUUUAGAUGUUCAGUUUCGACUUCUAAGAGAGGAUUUUGUUGGAUCAUUUCGUGCAGGCAUUACGCAAUAUGUUCAGGCAAUCAACGGAAAGUCCAGAAAAAGGAAAAUUGGUGUUCAUAUUUAUAGCGACGUGAAAGUAAUUGGUCCAGAUGUCACCGACAAAGGAGCUUGCUUUAAAAUGAAAAUACAAAUGACACCGCGCCUAAAACACAUAAUAUCGCAAAGUGGAAAAAGAUUAAUUUUUGGCACGCUAGUUGCUUUGUCGGACGAUAACUUUAAAACAGUCAUGUUUGCAACUGUGAUUGACAAUGACAAAUUAGACAGAGGCAUUUUUAAAGUGGCAAUCACCUCGUGUGGACGAUUAAGCGUUGACAUAUCCGGGCGAUCAUAUACUAUGGCUGAAUCUUCCGCCUAUUUCGAACCAUACAAACAUGUAUUAUCUGGACUACAAAGAUUGAAUGAUGCAAACUUUGCUUUUCAAAAAAACAUUAUACAUUGCGAAGCCAGUUGUAAUCCACCUGCUUACAUGACAAAUCAAACAAAAUUUGACUUAACUCCACUGAUAAAGGGUGACUUCAAAAUUGUUCACGAGAAAAAACUCCGCGUGGAUUAUAGAAAUAAAUCAUCGGUACCGUCACAAGCUACGUUACAUAUGGUCACUGUGCUUGAUAAAAAGACAUGGCCAUCCAAAGAGGCAUUACAUUUAGACGACUCGCAAAUGAAAGCUUUACAGAAUGCCUUGUGUAGAGAAUUUGCUAUAAUUCAAGGUCCUCCUGGAACAGGUAAAACUUUCAUCGGUUUACAAAUAAUGAAAGUUUUGCUUAACAACAACAUACAAUGGAAUUCAAAACUCCACUCGCCAAUUUUGAUCGUGUGCUUCACAAAUCACGCUUUGGAUCAAUUUCUUGAACGACUGACGGAUUUCUACGACGGUGAUAUAGUUCGUGUUGGUUCUCGUUCUAAGUGCUCAGCAUUAGAGAAUAUGACAUUGAAAAAAUAUAAACAGCAGACAAAAGAUCUGAAAGGAAACAUUUUUCAGAUGACCAAAGACAGAAGAAGAAAACACGGCGAACUGGAAAUACAACAGCGAAAGCUAAAAGGUUUGUAUAUGACGAAAGAAGCGUGUGGUUGUACAAUACUAAGAGAAGGCCACUUUUCGAACAUUAUUGAGAAACAUCUGUAUAAGUCACUAGUGAUUGGUAAACGGACUAAAGAUGACGCAGAAAGCGUCUCGGAGUCAAGGAUAGCGGAAUGGCUACAAAUAAAAACGAUUGAAAACAAUUGCCGUGCUCAACUGUGUUUUAGUGGAUCAAGGAAUAGGGCAACCAAAGGCAGGCGGCGCGAUCCCGAUUAUCUACAUUUUAUAAAAAAUAAAAACAACAAUCAUUUUCAACAGAUUCGGAAAAAGCUUUCAGGAUAUACAAGUUACAUGAAAAAAGAACAUGAAAUUCAGCAUGAACUCGCAGAGAUAAGGAAGAAUAUGUCCAUAGUACGAAAUGAGUUAGAAAAUAUACAUUCUUUAGAUGAACACAAUGAUGACCUAAGAAAGGCGGAAGAUCUGACUAAAAAAAUAUGUUCAUUACAAACACAGUUUGAAGAAAAGAAAAUGCAAUUGCAGGAAGAACUCGACUUUCAUAUGCAAUUCGAAAAUCAGAUAAAACGAAAAAUUGCAAUGGGGGAUGUUAUGACCAAACAAGAAGCCUCAGUGAAAGCUGAUGUAUGGUUGCUUGACAUAAAUGAGCGAUGGAAACUUUACAGAUGUUUUCGUAAAUAUUUUUUGGAAGAUUUACAGGACAAAAUUGACGACUGCCAAGAAACAGUAAAAGAUAAAGCCGAUCAAUACGAACACGCACAAAUCAAUGAAGAGCGGGCGAUCUUACAACGUGCUUCCAUAAUUGGAAUGACGACGACAUGUGCAGCUCGUUAUUCCGAGACCUUACGUUACAUCAAACCUAAAAUCGUGAUUGUGGAAGAGGCCGCAGAAGUAUUGGAGGCACAUGUCAUUACAGCACUAAAUAAGAAUUGCGAGCAUUUAAUUCUUAUUGGAGAUCAUAAGCAGCUCCAGCCAAAUCCGGCCUUAUAUGAAUUAGAGCUUCACUAUAAUUUAAAUAUCAGCCUUUUUGAACGGAUGGUGAUGAAUGGAAUACAACACGACUGUCUACAGCUACAACACAGAAUGCGCCCAGAGAUAGCUGAUAUUAUGCGACAUAUUUACUACAAUCUUAUAGACAACGUUAAUGUCAAACAAUAUGAAAACAUUAGAGGUGUUUCAAAAAAUGUAAUGUUCAUCAGGCACGAAAUUCCGGAAACCCAUGACAAUGACCGUCAAAGUUAUUCGAACACAUUUGAAGCUGAAUAUGUUACAAAACUGACUAACUAUUUUCUUCUUCAGGGCUACAGUGGAAAACAGAUAACCGUCCUAGCAACAUACAAUUCUCAGUUGAUAGAACUAAAAAACCAUAUGAAGGCAAAAGCAUUUUCAGAAGUUACAAUAACUGUAGUUGACAAUUAUCAGGGGGAAGAAAACGAUAUUGUCAUAUUAUCACUCGUUAGAAGCAACCAUGAGAAGAAAAUUGGUUUUAUGAAAAAAGAAAAUAGAAUAUGCGUCGCACUUUCUCGAUCAAAGAUGGGACUCUAUGUGGUUGGGAAUGUUAAUCAUUUGUCAAAGUAUUCGUCACUGUGGAAAACAAUCACAAAUGACAUGGCGCAGAAAGGUUUCUGUGGUGAUGGACUGGAGCUCCGUUGCCAAAACCACCCCAAUGACAGUCCGAUAGUUGCUAAGCUAGCCAAAGAUUUUGAUCUUGCACCUCUUGGAGGCUGUUCCAAAAUGUGCAACACACACUUAGCAUGCGGACAUGAAUGCCCACAAGUCUGUCAUAUAAUUGAUAAUACACAUGAAUUGUUUCAGUGUAAAGAACCCUGCAUUAGGCAACCGUGUACAAUGAAUCAUGUCUGCACUGGUAAAUGCUAUGAAAGUCCUUGCCCACCUUGCAGACAAAUUGUCGAAAGGAAAUUGCAAAUAUGCGGUCAUUUUCAAAAUAUUGCAUGUUACAUAGAUCCGGAAAAUGUCAAGUGCAUGUUUCGUCCAUGUUCCUUUUUACUGCCAUGCGGUCACAAAUGCGAAAAUGCUUGCGGUGAGUCGCAUACGAUAAAUUGUCUAAAUCCAUGUGGUUUUCGUCUCAAAUGCGGUCAUCUCUGUAGUGGAACAUGCACUUCGUGCAUACAAGGACGUUUCCAUGAAGCCUGCAAGUAUAAAUGUGACAAGUUACUCGUGUGUGAUCACCUGGCAUCGACCUCUUGUUUCCUGAGUCAGCCGUGCACACAAAGUUGUAAAAACAGUUGUCCUCAUUCUAUGUGCAAACGUUUGUGUGGAAUUCCAUGUGUGCCGUGCAAGAAGAACUGUAAGUGGAAAUGCAAGCAUUUCAAAUGCACGCUAAAAUGUUCUGAACCGUGCAAUCGCCCACCGUGCAACAGUGCUUGUUUUAAGAAAUUAAAAUGUGGUCACCAAUGUAUUGGACUAUGUGGGGAACCUUGUCCGAAUAAAUGCAGAGUAUGCGAUGAAACUGAGAUCAAGGGGCUACUUUCUGAAAGCAAAGGUAUAUCGGAUGCGCGAUUUGUGCACCUGAGCAAUUGUGAUCACUUAGUCGAGUAUUCCGCUUUAGACUCGUACAUGAAUAGUAUUGGCAACAUGCACGGUGAGUUGCGUUUGAAAGGCUGUCCUAUAUGUGGCACUCCAAUUCGAAACUGUGUAAGGUACGGCAAUAUAACAAAAGCAAGAUUAAAUGACAUUGAAACUGUAAAGACUAAGAUUAUAGGAGGAAGUAUAACCGCACUUAAGUCAUUGCUUAAAAGAAAACGGGAUUUGCUUAUGAAAGAGAUUAGCCCACAACGGAAAAACGAACCGUUUAUGAGCGCAUUCGGUCGCAUGGAAGACAGAUUGAAAACCUUCGAAAACAAUCCUGAUAAAAUCCUAACUAAAACGAUUCUCGAAACAAUUCAAAAACAACUUAAAGUCAUAAAAGCUUUUCAAGAAUACUAUCAAAUCGACAGCAAUAAAAUGGCGUUCUUUGAUCACACCGUCGCAAAAAUUUCAGAAGAAAGAGAUGCUUUCACUGAACAAGAAGUGGACGAUGCCAACAAAGAGUUAAAUAGAGCUCGAUGUUAUGUGAACUUUGUACAUUUUGGAGGUCAAACAGAAGAUUCCAAGCUGGAGAACAUUAUAUUCAUGAUGGGGAAAUUAUCUCAAAACCAGAACAAAGAAAUGCAUUAUCGUAUUAAUAAUUUAAUGAAACUGUUAAGGAGAAGAAGACCUCAUGUAAACCAAGCUCAUAUUGCCACGGCUUCCACCUUAAACGACGGUCGUUGGUUCAAGUGCUUUAAAGGUCACGUGUUUUCUAGACCUGCCAGAUCUACAGGAGAUGAAGAUUCUUGGCUUAAAUGUCCGGAAUGCAAGGAGAACGCUUCAAAUGAGCUAACGGCAAGUUCGGGUACUCCGCAUUAGAACAAAUGUGCAGUUUCUCUUGGAGCAAAAUGCUAGCAAAUUCGUAUUAUUAAAUCGGUGUUAAGCGUGUUUGUAGCUUAUGAUAUUUAGCUCGAGGAACAAGCAUAAGUGGUGGAAUAUCCGCGUCAAGAGGUGAUUUGUGUCCAAUUUGAAAGGGUUAGACGAACUAUUUUCGAAUCCAAUAUGAUCGAAGAAUAUUGUAGCCAUUAAAAUGAAAACGAACUGUAUUUUAGUAUGCUUCGUUCAGAAUAGGGACUGUUUUUUAUGGUUUUUUGUUUGUUAUAUAUUGACUUAUAUAUAUUAGUCUUUAGAAAAAUCAGCUAGUGCCAUGUCAGAGUUAUGAUUAAAUGUACAUAAUAUGCUUUUUAAAGCAAUGUUUAACAACGUCGCAAUGUCAACAGGUAAAUGACUUCAAUGAUGAUGGUGAUUGCAUUAUUACAUGUUUAGAAAAGUCUCAAAUAGGCUAGCAUCGUCACUUAACCAAAAUGACAUAAGCGAUCUAUAGUUUUGGUUAAGCGUACAGUCACGUUGUGAAUAAUUAAUUUAACUGUACAUAGCUUAUUGUAACUUUUAAUCACGCUAUGAACAAUUAAUUUUACGUUUUGAAGCUUACAAUCGCGCUGUGCAUAAAACAUGUACAUUGAAUUGGUUGUACCUUUACGAAGCUAAUAAUCGCGCCAUGAAUAAUUACUUUUACUUUGUGUAUGAGUGUAACUUAUAAAAACUAUACGCAUAAUUGACAUAAAUGUGCGUAUCUGUGUAUUGCUUUCAGUUAAUAAUGAAUUUCACUUUGUGUAUUUCGAAAAAUGAAGUUAACACAUACAAAAUUUGUAUUCCUAAUAGCAAAAGUCAACAUUUUAAACACUAGAUGUGGUAUGGUAACAUAAAUUACACGAGAUAAAAAAAUGCUCGUUUUAUGUUUCUGUAUGACAAUAUAUUGAAUGUGAAAUCGCGCGUUUGCUCUUAACUGUUCGGAUAUCGUCGCGGGAAAAUUCACAUGGAAAAUAUUGUGACACAAACGAUAAAGGCCAGCAUUUUGUAUCUCGUAAAAUCUAUGUUACCAUACCACAUCUAGCGUUGAAAGUUCAGCUAUUGCUAUAAGUAACACUGAUUUUGAUGGUUUAAUUUUAUUUAACGAACUAUUCGUUGAUUUUGAGUAUGUAUGUGGCUUCAAACUGUUUUUUAUCCUUUAGUAACUAAAAACUCCGCUUGGCGUAAUUGAUAUACGUCUGUUUAGAUUCGUUUAUGCUUGCAAUCACGCUAUGAAUAAUUGAUUUAACUUUGAGUAGUUUUGUGUAUUUAGAAUAACGCCAUUGUUAAUAAUUCGCUUGACUGUAAGUACCCGUGUUAAGCUUAUAAUCAUAUUACGAAUAAUUCUUGUUACUGUGUGUAUCUUUGUACAGAUUACAAUAACGUUAUGAAUAAUUCAUGUAACGUUGUACAUAUGUAUGUACUUGAAGACCACGUUAUGACUAUUUUUUUUACUUGUUUGUCUUGGUGUAGCGUUCAAUUACUUUAUGAGGGAUCCAUGUCACCAUGUGAAGAUGUCUAAAUACCAUGAUAGUAUUCUUUUGUGAAUCUGUUACAGCCACAUGUUUGUAGCAGUUCAUUGCGAAUUGUAUUAUUUAUCAAAGUUACGUCUAAUACCAAUAUUGCUUGCUUUGAACGUGGAAUUAAUGCGAUGAUUUCAUGAAGAAAUUUGUUCAUGAAUAAUUUUACUUACAUUAUAUGUUUUCAAAAUGUCAUAACAGAACCCGAGCUUCUAAGUUCCAAGUAAAUGUCGACAUUAAUUCCUGUUUUCCAAAUAACAAAUAUUGAAAAUUAGUAGCAAAUUUAUUGAAAAUAAAAAUAGUUUUAUAUUUAUUUCGUUCAGUAUGCCUUAUUCCUCAAAAAAAAAACUUCAUCAACAGUAUCUUUCAUUUCUGUGGUGAAACAUGUAUAUACACCGUUUAUCGCGUAUAUCGGAGCUAUACACCGAGCACAUAUAAGAACCAAGGUAUUUCUUCAUAAAGAUCUAUGGUAUCGUACCCCUAGUCCUUGUAUCCUAGUAAUGUAUAUGCAUCGAUACAACUUAUUAUAAUUGUCAGGACGUUUGCAUUCAUUAUUGCUUCGUUUUAUUUAUAAAAAAGAGAUAAUUGUGUCAUUGUACUUAUGUUUGAAUGUCAAAUCAUAAUUAUUAUUAAGCAGUUCGAUCUUAUCUUACGGAAUAUAUUUUUUACGUCGUACGUUUUAUGAAUUUUUAUUUUUUUUCUAAAACUAGACUUCUGACAAAUUAAAGCUACAGUUACAAGUAGCAUUUACCUAUUAACAGUUGAAGAGAAUCAUUUAUUUAUUGUUAUUUGUCACUUAAUAUCAAUAAAAAACAAAAACAG